AACAAAAAAGAAAUAUGGCCGUUGGAAUGGCGUCAUAAAUAGUUUCUGACGUUGUUUAUAUUUGCCUAAAGAGAUAAUCGAUUUUUAUUUCAUACAGUACCUUAAUCUGAAUCUGUUUUGAAUACAAUGUAAUCACAUUAAAUAGUGAACAAACGGAUCUAUUGAUAUAAUGUUAUAGAGUUCUCAAAAAGAACAAUGUCAAAUAACACUGUCGGCUCUUCAGGGCAUGCUCCCGGCAAAAUACGUGGGCCUGGAAGACCACCAAAACGUACAUGUACGUGGUGUGCUGAAAGUAAAACACCUUUGAAAUAUGUAUUGCCUACUGAGAAUGGUAAAAAAGAGUUUUGUUCCGAGACCUGUCUUUCCGAAUUUAGACAAGCUUACAGCAAAGGUGCCUGUCUUCACUGCGACAAUGUCAUUCGAGGUAAUGCUCCGUCGAGUAGUAAGAACUUUUGUUCCACUUAUUGUCUGAAUAAAUAUCAGAAGAAAACUGAAAAACGGACAAGUUCUCCUCAGUCUGGUAAUGGGGCAAACGGAUCUGAAAGUCAUUCCAACAACAAUACGACAGGAUCAUUUUACGAUAUAUUUCAGUCUUUCGACUGGACUGAAUAUAUGAAGGAGACAAACAGCACAGCAGCACCUCAGGAAUGUUUUAAACAGGCGCCUGUCCCACCACUGAAUGAUUUCAAAGUGAACAUGAAAUUGGAGGCUUUAGAUCCACGGAAUUUGACUUCUACUUGUAUUGCUACUGUGGUAGGUGUUUUAGGACCACGGCUUAGAUUGAGAUUGGACGGAAGUGAUAAUAAGAAUGAUUUUUGGAGGCUUGUUGAUGCAGGUGAUAUUCACCCAAUAGGGCAUUGUGAGAAAAAUGAUGGAAUGCUCCAACCUCCACUUGGGUUUCGCAUGAACGCCAGCAGUUGGCCAAUGUUUUUGCUCAAAACUUUGAAUGGUGCAGAGAUGGCUCCUCCUAAAGUAUUUCAAGCUGAGCCCCCAACACCUAAAUCGAAUCUGUUUGUUGUUGGGCAAAAACUGGAGGCUGUUGAUAAGAAGAAUCCACAGUUAAUCUGCUGUGCUACUGUUGGAGCUGUGAAGAAUGAUCAGAUUCAUGUAACAUUUGAUGGGUGGCGCGGUGCAUUUGAUUAUUGGUGUAGGUAUGAUUCAAGGGAUAUAUUUCCUGUUGGUUGGUGUGCUCGAGCUGGUCAUCCUCUGCAGCCACCUGGGCAAAAAAGUGCUACUACUCCAUCAAGGUUUAAACUACGGCCGAUUGGUAUGGCCAAUCCUGCUUUACCCGAAGGAGGGUCUACCGGUGGUACAACUGCAACCAAUCCGAGUCCACCGACACCCGUAGCUCCGGUUCAUUUACGUAUACGCACCAGUUGUACCGGUGGUAAUAGCAAUCUGCCAAACACAGUCACUGGUUUAGGACCAUCGGGUGUUGCAGAAGUUCUCGCUAAAGAAUUGCUAGCUGUUCAUCCUGAACCACAGAGGCUAACAAGGGCAAUGUUGACAGCUGCCAGCGGUUACUCCAAUGUAACUACAGUACAGGUUUCUACGGGAAGCAAGACUCAUACAGUUAAAGUGCCAUCUGAUCUUACAAAUGAUGAGCUGAAGAACUGGCUGAAACUGUUGUGUGUCGGGAUGACCUGGUGUGUUGGCAUAAUUGAAGUGGAUACAGGCGAGGCUGCGAGUCGGCCCUGCACCUUGUGCGGGGAGUCCACUUCUAAUGGCCUUUCAUCUGCUGUUAAAAGACCUGUUAUUGAGUUGCCGGUGGAAAGUGGUGUGAACGGUUUAGGCGAGAGCUCGACGGUGAAGAUGGCGCGCGUGUCCCCGGAGCGGCCGGAGCCCGCGUCCUCCACCACGGGCGCUCCGCCGCCGCCGCCGCCGCCCGCGCCCGCCGCCGCGCCCGCGGACUGGUCCGUCGAAGACGUCAUCGGCUUCAUUGCCGCCGCCGACCAGGCCCUGGCUGCUCACGCUGAUCUCUUCCGUAAACAUGAAAUUGAUGGGAAAGCUCUUCUGUUGUUGAAUUCUGAUAUGAUGAUGAGAUACAUGGGCCUUAAGUUAGGACCCGCUCUUAAGAUAUGUAAUCUGGUGUCGAAAAUAAAAAAUCGCCGCAAUUUUAAUCCCUAACUAGACGCCCCGCUAGCUGAAUCUUGGAACCGUCAGCUAUUGCGUAUGCUAUCCAAAAAUACAUUUAAAUUAUUAUCACGUCGGAGUAUUAAAAUUAAAGUGAUUAAAUAAUUUAUUGAAUGUAUGAAAUUGGAAUCUCAGCAUAAUGACGGUCAUUCAGUAGCGCUUGCAUGUAUUUUUAUUUUAUAUUGAAAAUCAUAUGGUCCUUUGAUAAUGAAGAAUUAUGAUACUAAAAUAAAUUCUAGUUCACCAUUGAGCAACAUAAAUAUCGUAUUUUAUGUAAAUGUAAAUUACUUUGUAGUCACGUGUACAUAGGCGGUAUGAAUGAGUGGAAAUGCAUUUAAUGUAGUCAGUACUCAUUUUACAUAAUAGACUAUAAAAAUUAAUUGUUAAUUACGCCGGCUUUAUUGUUAGAUAUUUGGAUUGUAUAUACAUAUUUUAUUAUCGGCUAGUCGUAUUGAACACCAAGAACACCAAUCCAAAAAUGGUUUAAAAUAUUUAUUCACACAGUUGCGUUGUUGCAAGAAAGUGUAUAAUUUCUUUAAAACAACCUACUUCUUCCGGUAUUUAUCUUUAUUCUACGGCAAGCAAAAUGUUCUUUAUU